AUGGCUGCCUCGAAUGAUGGGUCGAAGCUGCACGCAAAGGCCAACAACUCGAUGUUCUCUCUCAUUCACACGAUGAACAAGGGUGACUUGACUGCAGCUGCAGGCGAGAUAGAUGACGCUGAUGGCGACAUGGAAGCCAAUUUGAAAGACCCCGCUAUGGUGGCGAUCUUGGACAAGUGGUGGAAAAGCUGCCUCGUGAUUUUGGACUCGGAUGGGAAUGGGACGCUGGAGAGAAACGAGUAUGUCAACUUGUACAAGCGACUCAUCUAUGGCACGUCAUGCAUUUAUGGCGAGAAAGCAGUUCUAGACCAGCAUAUUGACGACCUUAUAGAGGAAGAUUGGAAGCGCGACAGCGGUGGCCACCUCUCCAUGGACAAAACGCGGUUAUGCGUUUCCAUAUACGAGUUGGCCGAGACGUGGGCCAAGGGUGAAGUUGUCCAGACCUAUGUUGACUUUCUUACAGGUCUCCUGCAUUCGGAACUACAAACGUUGACCUCCCGAGCAGAACUUCAUGAGUACGUAUUCGUGUUGUACAAGGACGAACUGUUGGUUCAGCGCAAGCGGUCCAAGAAAACAGAAGUGCUGUCCAAGGCCAAUUCCACCAUCAAGCCCCAAACCCCCGACCCAGUCAAAGCAGCACCUCCACCAGCCAAGCCCAAGCCAAAAUCUCGACGGGCUUCAACCAAGGUGCCAUCCACGCCAGAGGACGUCGGCUCGCACCCCAGUCAGUCGACGCUUACUGUGACAGUGGAGACACCCCCAGCUGCCCCGCCGUCACAAGAAGUGGAUGACAGCGUUUACUAUUCUUUUGAGGCGCGAUUUCAGCUGCAGGAAAGGAUUGAAGUGUGCCAGCGACAGCUCCAAACGAUUGGGCACAUUGCAGAAAUUGCAUGGCUGCGAUGCUCUGUACGUGAAGACCAUAUCGAACAAUGUCGUCCUCAGGAUGCGCCCGCGCCAUACCGAGUAACAGCCGCCGAAAUUACAGCAAUUGGCGAACAAGUGUGCAUUAAGCUUCAAAACUACCUGGACAAUGCCGAGAAAGGUCGCGUGGAUGACUUGACGCUUCUAGUGGAAGACGUCGAGCAUGGCGUCCAGACAGCGGCCGCCUACGCAAGGCGCAACCUCAGCGUCGUCCGCGCCACGAGCUUUGCUUUGGAAAACACCAAGUGA